GCGCCUCUUGCAACUCCUGAGCCGCUCUGACCGUUUUCUUUCCGUUAUUGUCACCCGCACUUGUCAACAAGCUUACCUUUCCUGCGGCUCAGUACACCUCCGUGCUCUGCACCGUUACUUUGACCCGCUGGACCCUGAAUACACAAGUGGUUUGGAAGUUUUUUGGACUCGUUUCUCCAACAAAAAAAAGUGAUUUUUUUUGCCAGAAGAUGCUGGAUCGCUGUAACCAAACUAUUGUAUCGUUGCUCUUUGGCUGCCUGGCUUGUCUUGUGGUGACCUCGGUUGUAAAUGCAGACGGUCGAGUGUUUGUGUUGGACCUGAGGAACUCCUCCGGCCUGCAGGGCUUCAGAGAUGCUGAGCGGGCUUGUUCCUCCCUACAAGCCCGCUUGGCUUCAUCAGAAGAGCUCCAUCACGCUGUGGUGGAGUGCUUCUUCUCCUCCUGCACCCGUGGGUGGCUCUAUGGCGGCACAGUGGGGACCACAGUGUGUAAUGUUGUGGGCAGUGCACUGAAAGCUGUAGAUGUGAGAACAGAAAACGCCACAGAGGACGCUGCACACCUGGACGCCUUCUGUAUCAAAGACAAAGGUGUGCCGUGUGGUGACCCUCCAUCCUUCCCUAACGCCCGUCUUCAGGGGCACAGUGGAUAUGAGAUGGGAGAUGAGCUGCUGUACACAUGUGUGCCAGGUUAUGUAAUGCCCAGUGGACAGGGUGCCUUCAGCCUGCUGUGCGACAGCUGUGGAGAGUGGUACGGACUAGUGGAGCUUUGUGUGAAAGAUGAGACUGAAAGUCACAUAGAUUAUGAGGACAAGUUUCCUUCCUACGGAGAGGCAGAGCGCGACAACGAGAGACCAGAGGAGGCUCAUGGCGAGGUGUACGAGGAGGUGCAUGGAGCUGCAUACCCAGAGGAGGAGAGGAGUCAGGAGCAGCAAGAGACGAGCUUCAGUGUCGAAGAAGAGGAGGAACAUCAGGACCAACAUGGAGAGCAUGAAGUGGAAGGAGAGGUGAUUGUCGGAGGAGAAAAAGACGAGGACCGGGCUGUUGAGGACUUUGCAGGCCAUCCGACGUGGGAGCAGGAGAGGAGGGAGGUGGUCAGGCCUGAUGCAACUACACCCACAGAAGCGCCUGUCUCUCUUCUGUCCCAGAAACACCUCUUCUGGUUCCCCUCCGAGGCCUUCCAGGAGGAGGGACGUCCUGUCUCCACCAAUCCAGUCACACAGACUACACAAAGAGCCUCCGGCGCUCAAUCAGAGGAGAGUAAAGAGCAUGAGAGCCAAGAAACACACCACCACCAGCGUCCAGUUGAUGUUGACGACCACGAUCACGGACAUAACAUAAGCGAUGACCAUGACACAGAUGACGGACAUGAUCGCGACGACAGCCACCACGACGAUCAAGAUGACCACGACAGUCGGCAGGACGAUGACGAUCGUGUGAAGCAUUACAUUCCAGCUCAGCAUGAUGAUCUGGACAGACGGGACCGACACGAAACGCAUGACGAUCAUGAUGACCAUUAUGACAUGGGUGAACACGAAGAGGACCGUGAUCGUGAUCGCGUUCACUACGGCAGCCAGGAGUAUGACGACACCUACGAUGAACACGAGAGCUACGAAGACCAUGAUGAUGUGACGGACGCUCGUGGUGAAGAUGAUCAAGAACACCCUGAUGGCUCUGAGGAACAUCCAGACCAUGAUGACCGCGAUGAUCGUGAGGAGCAUUAUGAACAGAAGGAGGUUGAUAACGACCGUUACGAUGAUCAUGAUGAUGGCGUAGAUCACGAUGAUCAAGAUCAUCGUGAACACGAUGACCAUGACAGCUAUGAUGAUCAUGAUAGUCAUGAAGAUGACGAUGACGGCCAUCGACAUGUAAUCUUUUCGAUAGCAUCCGAUAAACAUGAGAACGUCACUCAGAAGAGAACAGAAGGAGAGGCGACCACAGACGACACCUGGCUGGACGGAUACCCUGUCGUUCCAGAGAAAGCAGAAAAUGGUGACUCCACAACAGAACGGGUAACGCAAGAGGAUACAGAGAGGAGGACAACAGACAGACCCAAUGAUGUGGAAAUCCGUAGACCCGGACCUCACACCAGCCUGCCAGAGGUGCCCGAGGCUCCCAGCACGGAGCCUGCCGUAGAUCAAGGUGUAGUGGAGGAGGUAUGGCCUGGAUUCAUCCCCACCGCUGCUCCCUCACAGCCCUCAGACUCCCCGUCAUACUCCGAUACCCUGGACUACGACACACAACAAGCAGCUCCCACGCCCUUCUGGCAGGGGGACCUCACCGAACACCCCUUCCUCGAUCACGGCCCAGUUCCACCGAUGCAUGAUGGCGACGGAGGACUGAUAGAGGAGCACACUGUGCACCACCUGCCCGGUGAGACCGGCGAGAGGGGUGAGACGGAGGGAGAGAUGGGGGAGGCGAUCUGCACAGGCGAGAACUGCCCUCCGCUUCCUCCGAGCUCCUCCGGCCGAGGUCCCACGGUGGCGGCCAUUAUUGUGGCGGUGUGCGCGGUCGCAGCCGCGGUCAUCGUCGGGGUGUGGUGUUACAGACGGCAACAGCAGAAGAGCUCAGUGUACGAGAUGAAUGGAAAGGGCCAAAGUCAGACCAGACAGGGCCAACAGAUAGAGAUGCAGCAGAAAGUGUAAGAGCUACAAAGAGGAAAGAGAGAACUAACAGAGGGCAGAGACAUAUUGGGAAGAAAAGCAAGAUUCGGAGGAAUUUGACAGGAAAGCACGGCCCCUCAUCUCGCUAGAAACUACUGCAUAAUUGAAGAUUUUGGAUAGAGGGGCUGUGUCGGGACUGGGCUCAACUCAAGGAACUGAAAAAAAGAAGAUAACCAUGUAGGAAAACCACAAGAAGGCAUGCCUGCCCACCUGAAUAUAUGAACUGAAACUUGCUCUUGGACAUCGUGGUGAAGAUUCUCUGUGUUACCUUUUUGUUUAUUGUUGUUUUAACUGCAUUGUUCUUGAUCGUCAAUCCUUUUCUGUUUGUCUGAGUAUUGUGUUGAUAAAAAAACUGUAUUUCACUUGUUACUUAAGAACACUUCAGAUCAUGGCGCAGAUUUGGGCUGGUAGUCCCAAAUGAACGACCAGGUUGCAGUCAAACCAGCAAACAAGAAAAAAAAAGGAUGAUGAUGAUGGUUAGACCAGAUGAGAGGGUCAAAGGAGCGGUAAGGGGGGAAGGUGUGAGAAAGAGGGAUGGCGGGUGAAACAUUUUAAGAUGUUUCGGUCCUAUUGGUUUUGACAGUCGGCUGGUGAGAGUUAAAGAGCCGGUGUCCAUCCAGACUGCACACUCAGCCCCUGUGUGUGUCUGUCUGUCUGUCUCAGGUCCGUGCAAUCCGCCGAUCAGCGGUUCGUCGUGUUUGCUGACGGCAUUCAGACUAAACAGAGAUCAAACAUUGUGGUGCUGCCAUGGCUACAGGGAGAAAGUGAAAUAUUCUGAGGUUUCAGUUUCAUCUUAAAGGAGCAGUGUCUGCAAUUAAGUGGCAUCUACUGGUGACGUUGCAGAUUGCAACCAAAAAAUGACCCAUCUGCCCACCCCACCCCUUUCCAAGCGUGUUGGAGAACUUACAGUGGUCUUUAGGCAACGUAAAAACGUGAAUACCCUCUCUGUGUUUGACCAUUCUGGGCUACUGUAGAAACAUGUUGGGCUACGCAUUAUUAUCAAUGCCAGUCAUUUCUUGGCAAGAGCCGCCCUGCAUAGCAUUCAAACUGUAUGAUUAGACACGUGUCAAUGCUCACUCGAGGUACCAAAACAUGAUGUGUUCAGGUUCUGUCCUGACUUUCCUGACCCUUAACCACUUGAGGCCAAUUUUUAACUUUAAUCCAGACGGCAACCUCCCGGUCUGACCAGUAAAGCAAAUGCAGAAGUGCCAUAAGCCUGCAUUCUUUCAAAAAGUCUACUUCUCACUUUAUUUAUUCCCUCAGUAAAAAUGUUUGUGGCAACAUUACGGUCUCCAUCGCUAGUUUCAAGUCUUCUUCAGUACAAUAUGAUGUCAAUUGUGUAAAUAAUGGUCCCAUUUAGAAGAAAAUAGACGAUAAAGCAGAGUAUGAUUUGGGGGUGUGGCUACCUUGUGAUUGACAGGUCGCCAAUAUGUCAACCAAGAUGGCGCCAGCUGUAACGCCAAACUUGAUGCUUCAAACUGGCAGUCCACAAACUAAUGGGUGACAUCAUGGUGACUACGUCCACUACGCUUCAAUCUGGUCUUGCUAAGAAAAGCAGUUCAUAGUUUUAGGUGAUUAUACACUGAUAAAAAAAAGUCCUAAAUCCUACACAGUGCUCCUUUAAAGGAAUACUAAUAGUUUGACAUCUUCUGAUAGUUUAGGGUGUUCAGUGGAAAAUGUAGUUAGAUUUCUGAAUAUUAUGUGGAGUUGGGUAAGACUAUGACCUUAAAUUAAAACUGGGUCCUGACCACAUGCCCUAAAAUGUAUAUCAUGAUAAAUUGUUACAUUUAGGUCUGUAAUGAUGAAUGUAAUGCUAAAUAUUUCAGAACGUUAAUGGAUUAUGCUUCUUUGCUUGUCCUGAUAAAAUACAGUAUGAAAGGUUUUAGAGGAUUAUCCAGAGUGGACCAGGGUUUGUUAAUUUAACAUUAAUUUAAUGCUAUUCUCAUUUUAAAUAUUUGGUAAUUUAGAAAAUAUUAAAUUAAAAUUAGCUUGGUUCGAAAUUCACAAUGUCUAUAAACGUUAUAAAUUUGGUUCCUGGUGUAAUGCAGCUGUGCAUGAUAUUUGUUCUCGCUGUUUCCGUACUGUGUCAAAUACUUCAGUGCAGAUGUCAAUUGUUAAAAUAGAAAACCGAAUAAAAAGGUGCAAAGGUAAAUAAAUCCAAAUAGCCAUGAGAGGGUUUAAUCUUAGAUGGUAGAGUUUUAAAUUCUGGUGAUGUAUAAAUACUACAAACAUGUAUAAAUAUCAAUAACUUUAAUAGAAAGUGCCAGAUGUAACUAAUGUCAAAAGUGGGUGAAUGCUUGUAGAAAAGACAUGUUUUGGUGUCAAAAGUCAAAAACAAUUUAAUUUUUCACACAGUUUUCUCAGCUGAUUUCAGAAAGUAUUUUUUAAUUGUUAGUUAGUGAAAUAUUUAGUGAUAAGAUAAUGAUUUGUUGGAUUUGAAUGGGUUAAGUGAAUGACAGCUAUUCCUUGCUAAAAAAAUAACAAACCUAUCUUUUUCAUUUCGGUAAUGCAAAGGAUUUUAUUUUGUACAUUGCCAACUCUCAUUCACAGGAUGCUCAUAUUUCUCCGUGUCUGUUUCUUCUUCAUCUCAAACAGCCUCACAUGGAUUGUGUCAGGAUGAAAUGUGUACUGUAUAUGUGCUCUCUUAGUCACAAUAAACUCCUGAACAUGUUGUUUUAACUCUU